AUGCGUCUCUUCGAAAGAGAAAAUAGAAUUUCAGAAGAUCGGAUCCCACUUUUCCAUGUUUACGUGGCCGGUUCCGGAGCUGGUGCUGCAUGUUGUUUAGUUAGCACACCAACCGAGUUGAUUAAAUGCAGGGCACAAGUCAUUAAAUCGCCCGUCAGUGAUAAUCAUCUUGAAAACAUCAAGACCUCAAGAACGGAACCAGGUUCAUUUGAGAUAUUUAAAAAGACAUUGAACCCAUUUUCAGGUCUUUACCACGGAGGCCUUAUAACCAUAAUUCGUGAUGCGCCAGGAUAUGGAUUAUAUUUUUGGACUUAUGAGGGCAUUAAACGUCUGACUCAUGUGACUCCCGAUAAUUCGGAUUACUCCAAUGUUUCAAAACUUCUUUUUGCCGGUGGCAUGGCCGGAGUUGUGUCAUGGGCCGGCGUCUACCCUUUAGACGUUAUCAAAUCUCGAAUACAGACGCAACAGCGAUACCCUUCUGUCAUACCAGCGAAACCAUUGUCGUCACUUAGUGUCAUCAAUAGUACACGUGCGAUUUCGGGAUCCUUUCGUGGUAUAAUCGACUGUGCUGUCCGCUCAUAUCACAAGGAAGGAAUCUCGGUGUUUUUCAGAGGAAUUAUUCCAACGCUUGUAAGAGCUUGGCCGGUGAAUGCAGUGACUUUCUACAUAUACGAAGUUACAGUUGAUUUGCUUAAAAAUGUCUAG